CUCGGAGAGGCGUGGGCUGCGCCCUUGUGUGAGCGCUCUGGGCUUGGCCUUGAACAUCGGGAUGGCGAGAACCGCCGAGCAGUGAAACUUCAGAAACCUCAACCAUCUGGAACUGAAAACCUCAUGUGGGGCUGACUGCAGCUUCUAGAACAUCCAGGUGUUCUGCAGAUGUGAGAAUUUAUUCCGCAGUCACCAGAUCGAGUCCCAGACAGCUGCAAGGCUUGUGAUGUGGCCUGAACAGCCUUAAAUACAGAGGGGUCGCUUGUCGAGUGGCCAGAAAGUGGUCACUGAUACUGAUGCUAACUGUUAAACCCAGCUGGUAGUCUUGUUAAGUUGCAGCGGGGAAAUAUUUCCUGCGGAGGGGCAAGCCAAGUUAGGGGUUGCAAGUUUCCUGACUCUCUUGCAUUAGAUUUGCAGAUGAAGGCCUCAUUUCUGUAGUCUCCGCCAUACCUGGAUCAGCACCACUGCCACCACUAUGUUCCCACAAACUUCUCUCCAUCUCGCCAGGGACUCUGUGUGUUGAAAGUGAACAGACAGAGAGAGAGAGAAAGAGAGGAGAAAGAGAAAAGCCUCUAGUGGACCCACCAGACACCUGGAAUCUUCCCCCUUCCUACCAUGGGCUGGCUUUUUCUGAAGGUUUUGUUGGUGGGAGUGGGUUUCUCUGGACUUCUUUAUCCUUUUGUGGAUUUUUGCAUCAAUGGGAAAACAGCAGGCCAGAGACCAAAUAUUGUGAUCAUUUUGGCUGAUGACAUGGGGUGGGGUGACCUAGGAGCAAACUGGGCAGAAACCAAGGACACUGCCAACCUUGAUAAGAUGGCUUCGGAAGGAAUGAGGUUUGUGGACUUCCACGCGGCCGCGUCCACCUGCUCACCCUCCCGCGCAUCCCUGCUCACCGGCCGGCUGGGCCUUCGCAAUGGAGUCACGCACAACUUCGAAGUCAGCUCGCUGGGGGGCCUCCCGCUCUCCGAAAGCACCUUGGCUGAGGUGCUGCAGCAGUCUGGCUAUGUCACCGGCAUCAUAGGCAAAUGGCAUCUCGGGCACCAUGGCUCUUAUCACCCCAACUUCCGUGGUUUCGAUUACUACUUUGGGAUCCCGUACAGCCAUGACAUGGGCUGUACUGACACCCCAGGCUACAACCACCCUCCCUGCCCAGCGUGCCCACCAGCGGGUGGCCCACUGAGGAAACACGAGAGGGACUGUUACGUGGACGUGGCCCUUCCUCUCUAUGAAAACCUCCGCAUCGUGGAGCAGCCUGUGAACCUGAGCAGCCUUGCAGGGAAGUAUGCUGAGAAGGUAGCGCAGUUCAUCCAGCAGGCAAGUGCCAGCAGAAGACCCUUCCUACUCUACGUGGCCCUGGCCCACAUGCACGUACCCAUAUCGGCAACCCCGCUAUUGCCAAACCCACGAGGGCAAAGGCCAUACCAAGCAGGCCUUCGGGAGAUGGACAGUCUGGUGGGUCAGAUCAAGGACAAAGUUGACAGCACAGCAAAAGAACACACGUUCAUCUGGUUUGCAGGAGACAAUGGCCCGUGGGCUCAGAAGUGCGAACUGGCAGGCAGCGUGGGUCCUUUCACUGGAUUGUGGCAGACACGUCAAGGUGGAAGCUCAGCCAAGCAGACCACGUGGGAAGGAGGGCACCGGGUCCCAGCCCUGGCUUACUGGCCCGGCCAAGUCCCAGCCAAUGUCACCAGUCCUGCCUUGUUAAGUGUGCUGGACAUCUUCCCCACGGUAGUGGCCCUGGCUGGAGCCAGCUUGCCCCAGGGCCGGCACUUUGAUGGACUGGAUGCCUCCGAUGUGCUCUUGGGCAGGUCGCAGAUGGGACACAGGGUGCUGUUCCACCCCAACAGCGGGGCCGCCGGGGAGUACGGAGCCCUACAGGCCGUUCGCCUGGAGCGGUACAAGGCCUUCUUCAUCACGGGUGGAGCCAAAGCCUGUGACGGGAGCCUGGGGCCAGAGCAGCGGCACGAUCUCCCUCUCAUCUUCAACCUGGAAGAGGACGCUGCAGAAGGUGCGCCACUCCCGAGGGGCGGCGCCGAGUACCAGGCUGUGCUGCCCCGGGUCAGGAAGGUUCUUACAGAGGUCCUGCAGGACAUUGCCGAUGACAACACCUCCCGAGCCGACUACACUCAGGAUCCUGCAGUAACUCCCUGCUGCAAUCCCUAUCACAUUGCCUGCCGCUGCCAAACUGUGUAACAGGCCGACUUUGCCACAAGGAGGAAUGUUUGGAAAUUAGAUGAACUGUUUUGGGCCACUACUUUGUAACUGUUCCUUCUCCAUGCUGGCUUGGGAGAACAGCUGAGCUGGCUCUUGGGGCCGUCAGCACGGUGAAAUGUGCCACGCACAGGCUUUGGAGUCAGGCACAGGGCCAGGCCCCAGGUUCUGAACUCGGGCAAUUACUUAACUUCGCUUGCAGGUUGAUUUUGAAGGUCACCUAGUACAGGAAACCGCCUUACACAUUACCUUACACAGAGCAGAUGCAUUUUUAAUACAUUUUCACUUAUAGGUCGUUCCAGGAUAGGUUCAUUCCAAGCAGUACAUGGAGCAGAGCUUCUCCAUCUUCACUGUAUAUACCGAUCACCUGGACUCUGUUGAAAACCUAGAUUCUGGCUCAGGAGGCUUGAGGGGGGUGGCGAGAGCCCGUAUUUCCAGUAGGUCCCCACAGGGUAUCUGAAGAAACUAGACAAAGUUAGGUCUCUUUCUAGGUCUCAGGGCAGAAGAAUCCAUGGAAAAGUCCCUGGUCCUCUUUUUAGGGUCAAAUUAAUGGGGUUUUGUUUGUUUUGUGGCACUAGGAUCGAACUCAUGGCCUUUAUACUGAGCUACAUUCCCCAUCCCUUUGUAUUUCUCAUUUUGAGACGGCCUCCUGCCUCAGCUUCCCAGAGUGCUGGUGUUACAGCUGUGCUUCACCAGGCCCAGCCAAAUGUAAAGUGUAUUGUAAAGAAUUUAGGAGUUCUUCCUGGCCCUCUAAAAUCUCCCAAGGCAUGAAAUGAAGUUUAAGAAACUAAAAAAAUGCAUUG